CAUAUCGCGCGGCCUCCUCCGCCCCUCUCCACACUGGCAGACACUGCCGCUAGGCUCGCCUCUCUCCCUCGUCGCAUCGCACCGCAGCGGCUGCCACCGGGCCGGGGAGGGGAAAUAAACCAUUGGAGCCGGGGGUAGAAACGCGCCAAAACCCUAGAUCUCCCGCGCGCAUUGCCCGUCUAUGACCCUCGGCCCCCACUGAGGCACGCACGGCCAUGGCCUCCGCGGCCGUCAUCCCCACCCCCGCCAACGGCGCCGCGCCCGUGCACGGGGCCGCCGAGCCCGCCGGUUGGCUCAUGGACGAGCGCGACGGCUUCAUCUCCUGGUUGCGGGGCGAGUUCGCCGCCGCCAACGCCAUCAUCGACCUCCUCGUCGUCCACCUCCGCGCCGUCGGCGACCCGGGCGAGUACGACCACGUCUUCGCCGCCGUGCAGCAGCGCCGCCACCACUGGGCGCCCGUCAUCCACAUGCAGCAGUUCUUCCCAGUCGCCGACGUCGCAUACGCGCUGCAGCAGUCGGGAUGGCGCCGCCGCCUGCCGCCCCCGCAGCAGCACGGCCCCGUCGUCUCCCCGGCCCCGCCGCCGCCGCCGCCUCGACGCCCGGCCUUCGCGCCCUCCCACCCCCACCCCCACCAUCGCCACGCCGCGCACCAUCGCUACGAUCCGCCGCGAGGUGCCGGCAGCGUCCCGCCUGCUGGAUCCGAUAAGGACGGACGUGAAUUUCAUAACAAAGAAGGGAAGGGACUGAAGGAAGCGGAGAACGUUGCUGAUGCUAAAGGUCUACGGUUGAAUUCUCCUGUUACUAAUGAAGGGGAGACAAAUUCUAGCCAGCAAACUGUUGCUGAAGGAAGCAGCAAAUUGGUUCCAACUCCUGUAGAAUAUACAACCAGUGAAAUCAUUGAUGGCAAGCCGGUUAAUACUGUUGAAGGGCUCAAGGUCUAUGAAGGCUUGGUAAAUGUGACUGAGAUAAACAAGAUUGUUUCUUUAGUUAAUGAAACAAAAGCUUCUUCUCGUCGAGGAGGGUUUGAAGUGGGCCAGACUGUUAUUGUUGGUAAAAGACCACUGAAGGGUCAUGGAAGCGUAAUUAUUCAGCUGGGAAUUCCUAUCAUUGAAGGCCCUCUUGAGGAUGAAAAUCAAAGAGAGACAAGGGUGGAGCCUGUUCCUGGGAUGCUGCAUGAUCUGUUUGAUCGCUUCUUUCGGCAGGGAAUUGUACCUUCUAAGCCAGACUAUUGUGUUGUCGACUUCUACUGUGAGGAGGAAUAUUCUCAUCCCCAGCAACCUCCAUCUUGGUAUGGUAGACCACUUUGUACCCUCUGCCUCACAGAGUGUGAUAUGGUGUUUGGCCGAGUUAUCUUUGGAGAACGAGGUGAUAACAGAGGCCCUUUGAAGCUCUCUCUCUCUACAGGGUCUCUUGUAGUGUUGCAAGGGAGAAGUGCUGAUGUAGCCAAGCGAGCUAUUCCUGCUACACGGAAGCAGCGAAUCCUUCUAACUUUCGGGAAGUCUGUGGCAAGAAAACUUGCACCAUUGGAAAGUGCUUCACGGCCUACUGCCCCGUUAACACCUCCUGCUAUGCCCUGGGGUCCACCAUCAAGGCCAGCUAACGUGAGGCCACAUUCCCCAAGUCCGCAGCACUUUGGAUACACCCCAACCAGCAGCGUACUUCCAGCACCAACAAUUGGACCUCAUCACAUCCCUCCAUCGGAUGGAAUGCAGCCACUCUUUGUAGCACCUGCUCCUGUUGCUGCCGCAGCCAUACCUUUCCCAGCAGCUGUUCCCUUGCCAAAUGCAACGGCAGCUUGGAUGCCAGAAGCCGCCCCAAGGCCUGCCCCACCUCGAUUCCCUGUUCCAGGCACAGGUGUCUUCCUUCCUCCUGGAUCAGGACACCAGCUGCCCCAUCAGAUGAUACAAGCUUCCCAUGCUCAUGUGGAACCGAACUCUCCAAGAGGUUCAGCAGCUUAUGUGGCUAAUGGUAGUGCUUCUCCAAAGAGCUCAGGAACAACAAAAAGGGCUGAUACAAUCGAGGCAAAACCAGAGUGCAAUGGGAGCUCUAAUUCUGUGGGUGAGCAGCAGCAGAACGGUGGGAUGAAGAAUGGUGGGCUCAGCAAGGUUGAGCCAAGUGCCUCUAAAUAGAAGGGAGGUAUAGUACAUAGAGAAGAAAAACAUGAGACGAGGAAACUUCAUUUUUCCAGGUCAUGAUUGCGGGCAACUCUCUUAUCCUUGACAAAUGACACGAGUACAAGUGCCCUUGAUGCCAUGGAAUUGUCUUGAGAAUGAAAGCCGUCUUAAAUUUUGUAGCCGCUCUGUAGCAAAACUGGAUAUAUCAUGCUGCUUUAAUCUAUCACCUGCUUGCUACAAUUAUGGGAGUAUGGGCUAAGAUGUUCAAAAUGUUUUA